CUGAAAGAUGAGAUAGCAGAAGUGACGAAUGAGAUCGAGAACCUGGGGUCCACGGAGGAGAGGAAAAACAUGCAGAGGAACAAGCAGGUGGCCAUGGGCAGGAAGAAGUUCAACAUGGAUCCCAAGAAGGGCAUCCAGUUCCUGAUUGAAAACGACCUCCUGAAGAACACAUGUGAGGAUAUCGCUCAGUUCCUGUACAAGGGAGAGGGCCUCAACAAGACAGCCAUCGGUGACUACCUGGGCGAGAGGGAUGAGUUCAACAUCCAAGUCCUGCAUGCCUUCGUGGAGCUGCACGAGUUCACUGACCUCAACCUCGUGCAGGCCCUGCGGCAGUUCCUGUGGAGCUUCCGGCUGCCCGGGGAGGCGCAGAAGAUCGACCGGAUGAUGGAGGCCUUUGCCCAGCGGUACUGCCAGUGCAAUCCCGGCGUCUUCCAGUCCACAGACACUUGCUACGUGCUCUCCUUUGCUAUCAUCAUGCUGAACACCAGCCUGCACAACCCCAAUGUCAAGGACAAACCCACAGCAGAGCGCUUCAUCGCCAUGAACCGUGGCAUAAACGAUGGGGGAGACCUACCUGAGGAGCUGCUCCGGAAUCUCUAUGAGAGCAUCAAGAACGAACCCUUCAAAAUCCCCGAGGACGACGGCAACGACCUCACCCACACCUUCUUCAACCCCGACCGGGAGGGCUGGCUCCUGAAGCUAGGAGGAGGCAGGGUGAAGACGUGGAAGCGACGCUGGUUCAUCCUGACCGACAACUGCCUUUACUACUUCGAGUACACGACGGAUAAAGAGCCCCGUGGCAUCAUCCCCCUGGAGAACCUAAGCAUCCGUGAGGUGGAGGACUCAAAGAAGCCCAACUGCUUUGAGCUCUACAUCCCCGACAACAAGGACCAGGUGAUCAAGGCAUGCAAGACGGAAGCAGAUGGCCGCGUGGUGGAGGGGAACCACACAGUGUACCGCAUCUCCGCUCCCACGCCCGAGGAGAAGGAGGAGUGGAUCAAGUGCAUCAAGGCAGCAAUCAGCCGGGACCCUUUCUACGAGAUGCUGGCUGCCAGGAAGAAGAAGGUCUCCUCCACCAAGAGACACUAG